AUGCUUGCCUUACAACUUCUGUCCACAUUGCUCAAUGAUUUCAACUCGCAAGCUGGUAUGGAAUCGGUGAACAAGCAUCGAAAAGGUAUUGCUCUAUUCCGUGAUUCACACAUUUUCGAGAUUUUUGAAACAUCGGUGUCGCUUCUGGAGGCCAUCUCACGCAAGGAUCUUGCUUCCUUACAGAUGCCAUUUGUUCUCGCGGUUCUUGAUCUCUGUUUAAAUACCUUGCUCUUCGACUUUAUUGGAAGUCUUUCUGAUGAAACCAGUGAAGAUAACUACACUGUUCAAGUGCCCACAAUCUGGCGAACGGCUUUCACUGAUGGCAAAUUGGUUGAUCUCAUUUUCCAGCUUUACAUAAAACUCCCCAGUGUUGCAUCCGAUAAGAUUUUACAUAUCGGUGUUCAACUGGCAAGUGUUCGGCGAACAUUAUUUAACGGAAGCGAACGCCAAACGUAUCUUGAGCAUGUGGUAGCGGGAGUGAAGCGGGUUAUUGAGAACCCUGAGAAGCUCACUGAACAGCCUGCGUUUCACGAGUUCUGUAGGAUGGUAUCCCGUUUGAAGACCAAUUUUCAAUUGUGUGAGCUGAUAAAAGUACCUGAUUAUGCUGCUGUCAUGCGUCUUCUUGCUCAGUUUACUGUGGAGAGCCUUCGGAUGAUGGAAUUGUCAGCGAACAGCACCUAUUUUCUGUUGACUUUCUGGCAACGUAUGGUCACUUCGGUCCCAUAUGUUCGCAGCAGUGAGGACCAUUUACUUAACCUAUGUUGUCCUGAGAUAAUGACGGCUUUCGUGGAAAGCCGACUGCAGAAU